AUGACAUUGUACAAUGUUGACCUGUACAUUUAUGAUCUCUCACAAGGGCUGGCUAAAACCCUUGGUUCUCUGAUAUUUAGAAAGCCUGUGGCUGGGGUAUGGCACACUGGUGUGGUUGUCUAUGGCACUGAAUAUUUCUUUGGUACUCAGGGCAUACAGUUCAUACAGCCCGGCGGAACAAUACUGGGCCAUACAUACAGGAUUCAUAACAUGGGAAAAACCGAAGUUCCCAAAGAACUUUUUGAAGAAUAUUUGAGGGAUUUAGCUGAUGAUAAAUUUAGAUAUGAUAAGUAUCAUCUUCUUGAUCACAACUGCAACACCUUUUCAAACGAAAUUUGUUUAUUCCUGUUGAACAAGCACAUCCCUGAUUACAUCACUAAUCUGCCUCAGGAGUUCAAACAAUCCCCUCUGGGGAACUUCAUCAAACCCCUCCUCGACGAGAUA